AUGCGUGGUGCUGGCACUGGUGGUACUGGGCCGAGGACACGCACAGGAAGCCUGGUGCGGGGAGCUGCCACCGGAGGGCUGAAGCGGGAGAUCCCUGACUACCUGUGUGGAAAGAUACGCUUUGAGUUGAUGAGGGAGCCCUGCAUCAUCCCCAGUGGGAUCACCUACGACCGCAAAGACAUUGAGGAGCACCUACAGAGAGUGGGCCAUUUUGACCCAGUCACCCAGAGUCCUCUGACCCAGGACCAGCUGAUCCCCAACCUGGCCAUGAAGGAGGUCAUCGACGCCUUUAUCCAGGAGAACGGUUGGGUGGAGGACUAUUGA